CGCACGCACACACACACACACACACACACACACACACACACACCAGCUUCACCAUAGACUUUGGAAUUCACUGUUGCCAUGGCAAUGGACUAGAGCACGCUCUCUCGCAUCGCUUGUUCUUUUUUUUGCUUUCUCUCUCUCUCUCUUUGUGGAGGGAAACCAGCUUCUCUUAUUUACCCGGGGGCUUGAUUUUGCUGUUGGCUACAGGUUACAGUCUCUCUCAUUUGCUCCCUCCUCACCCCACUUUCCCAACGCCACCUCCUUCUUGCCUCUCUCAGUUGCAGAAGAUGACUGCCAUGGUAAUUCAAUAGGAGGAGCGGACAGCGAGUGAAGCACCCACCACCUGCUAAGAACAAGCAAAGGAGUGGCAAAAAAAGAAAAAAGAAAGAAAAACAGAAAAAACUAAAAAGAAAAGAGACCGCAAAGAAGUAGGAAGGGCUCAGAUUCGGGGAAGUAGCAGUGAAAAGAGAGAAGGAGAAAGGGGAGAGAAAGCAAAGGCUAAACGGUGGAUGGAGGCGGUUCGGACCAGGGUUACGAAGCUCUCUUCACUGACGAAGAAGAACAGCAGCAGCAGCAGCAACAGCAGCAGGGGGGACAGGAGAUGGAGACGAAAGGAAGAAGCAUGCCCCCAGACGUCAGUUUCCUUCCACGCCCUGCGAUGAUUUGGUGGGAACGAGGCAUUCAGGUGCUGUUGACCACCAUGGGGGCCUUUGCGGCAUUUGCUCUCAUGACAGUGGCCAUUGGCACAGAUUACUGGCUGUAUGCCCGUGCAUUCAUCUGCAACAGCACAGCCAACUCCUCCCAGGAGGAUUCCUCCAGCAACAAGGACAAGAAAGACCCCGGGGCUCUCACCCACUCUGGCCUCUGGAGGAUUUGCUGCCUUGAAGGCUUGAAGAGAGGUGUGUGUUCCCAGAUCAAUCAUUUUCCCGACGAUGCAGACUAUGACCAAGAUGCUGCAGAGUAUCUGCUUCGUGUGGUUAGAGCUUCCAGUAUCUUUCCAAUCCUCAGUGCUAUAUUGCUCCUGUUGGGCGGAGUGUGUGUUGCUUCCAGCGGCUUCUACAAGAGCAAAAGGAACAUUAUUCUCGGAGGAGGAAUUCUCUUUGUAGCAGCAGGGCUUAGCAACAUCAUUGGGGUGAUAGUAUACAUCUCUGCAGCUCUCAGCGACAUUUCUCCAAAGAAAGAUGAGGAUAAGAAGUGGCACUACUCUUAUGGCUGGUCAUUUUACUUUGGCGGUCUGUCCUUCAUCCUGGCUGAGAUGGUUGGAGUCCUGGCUGUCAAUAUCUACAUUGAGAAGAACAAGGAGCUGCGCUGUCGCUCUCGCACUGACCUCUUCAAGAGUACCACGCAUGCCAUGCUGCGUCUGCCCAGCUACCGCUUUAGGCGGCGCUCGCGCUCCAGCUCCCGCUCCACCGACCCUCCUCGUUCACAGGAGACGUCCCCUGUCGGAGCUUCCAAGACCUUCACUCUUCCUCCGUCUGCUCCUCCUUUCUCUGUUGCCACUCUGCCCAACCCACACCACAGCAGCAGUGGCGGGAGUGGUGGAGGUGGUGGUGGUGACAUCUCCAUGUACACCCUGUCUAGGGACUCCAAGCUGGGGAGCCUGGGAGGAGGCGCCCCACCUCUCUACGGCACAGUGGACCGGGCCACGCUUUAUCAGCUUCACAAUUACUUCCCGAAAGAUUCCAGCGGCAGCAGUGGAGGCACAGGAGCAGGGGCGGUGAUAAGCAGUGGUACACUCCCAUCUCACUCAAAGUCCAACUUGGCAGCUGCAGCAGCUGCUGCUAAUGCUGCCCCACUGAAUACCUCCACCUCAGCUGUUGCGCCGGCCCCAUCAGCCCCAAUCUCAACAGCUACAAUGGAGCGAGACAGGGGCAACGUUGGAACCCUGGACCGGCUGACAGCCAAAAGGGACAGGGAUAGCAACUCCGAUACACUUAACAGGAAAACAACGCCUGUUUAAAAUGUUUUGAAUGGCCUCAAAAAGUAUAAAAAGUUAGGGCUUAAAAUGGGUGGGCAACAUUUCAACAGUAAGGGUUUUUGUCCUUGAGUCUGGGAGUAUCUAGCUGCCAUAGAUACAAUAUCAUAAACAGUCAUAAAACACCUAAUACUCUGUGGACAUUGAUGACAACUGCCUGCCUUAAAACCAUCAAAACAUUCAGUGUGUUUUUUUCUGUUUACUUUUGUUUUUUUGUUUUCCUAACUCAAUUGUGCAAAUCUGAUAAAAUAACAGAAUAGAACAGUUCAUACUAUUAAUUUCCCAGGUAUAAAGCUGUAGUUUACUCAUGUAAUGUCCCAUUUGGCAUUUAUAAUGUCUGCAAGAGACUAAAAACACUCAAAGAUGACCAAUUAGAAGACAUGCCAAGAUGAAAUAAGCCAUAGUUUUGUCACAUGUAUGUUCAAAGGAACAGAAUGUCACAAAUUAUUGCCACGUGAAGAGCUUUUCAGGGUCCAGUUCUGGAUCCUAAGUAGCUGCUUGUCCUCUGGUCCACAGAGUAACACCUCACUCACAUCGCCUUAUGUCAAUGUCACACAAGGGAGAAGUGUGACUCACUACAAGACUAUUUAUUUUUCUUGACAUGUUAUUGAAAUUAUUUCUUGCACCUUUAUUUAAAAGGUGCAAGAAAAAAAUGUUUAAAUGAAAGCUUUCAUAGGACAUGAUUUUGGCAAAUUUGAAGAAAGAUUGUGGUUAGGUGAGUCCAAAAAUGGCUUCACAGUAUAGUUAAAAAUCAAUAUUUCACAUAAACAUUGUGGUAUCAGGAUCGUGCUACGGGAAUUAUUUUAAAUUCUUUUCAAUACUAAAUCAAGCCAUACGUUUAAGAUUUGUAUUUGAAAACCCAAGUUAAACCAUUUCAAUUUCACAAUUAUGCAUAAUCAUGUAUUUAUCAAUAACUCAAAAUCUGAGUAAAAUACAUUACAGUUUGUGAUUGUUUGUGAAAAAAUGCAAAAAAAAAAGGGUCAAGAGGUACGAGGAUUCCUCACAACCAACUUAACCUAAUAUUCAUCUAUUUAUUGUUUAAACAAGAGACUGUUAAAAGUGCAUAUAUGCUCAAACUGAGACUGAACUAAAAUUACAAUUUUUUUGCCUUUCAAGUAUUUAAUUUUUGUUGUGAAACGUCAGGAUAUCCAAGAUAUUGUAUAGGUAAAGUUAGGGAUGGGAUUAACUGUGGCAAAGUAUUUUUUUGGAAUGUUCAGCUAAGUUUCUCAGCGAGGGAAUGAUCAUAAUUGCAGCUAUAAGUGCAACGAAAAUUAAUUGCAGUUCACGAGUGAGCAGCUGCACUUUUGACUCUGCUCAUAAAUUAUGGUCACGGUGUGUCAUCAGGAAGCCUUAAUGUCAAAAGAAGUUUUAUUUUCAUAGAGAGAAUGUUGUGAACAUUAUAUGAUAUUUAAUUGGUUUAAAUGUUUGGGGGCAUUUUAUGACUGCUUAUGACAAUAAUUAGAUACUGGAGGCUCAAAGGCAGCAUCUGUUGAAUGUUCUUGCUAAGGGCUGAAAAGGCAAGCAACAGGCUGGGGUUGGGAUCAAUUUACACUCAGGGGGUGACAUUUUAUUUAAAAUCAAAGGUUGAAAAUUACUCUGUACAAAAUAUGGACUUAUUCAAACUAUAUGUGUAACAAUAGUAUCUAGCACAUCAGAAUUGCAAGAAGUUAGUCAAAUUUCAGGUGAAAUACAUUCUACAGUGUAUUUUUAAGAUGGUAUACUAAAUAAUUAAAAUCUGAAAGAUUUAUUUCUGAUUUAAUUUUCCAGACAUUCAGCACUAGACUCUUAGAUUGUUGUAAGUUCCAGACUGAUGUAUAGAAAUCUGAAUGCAGUUUUGACUGGACAAAUUAGCCCAACCCUUACUAUUAAGAAGUAAGAGAAAAAUAGCCUAUGUUCCAAUUCCUAAUUUCUAUAGCUAUAACUAUAUCAUGUUUAACAAAAUAGAAUAAUAAAUGUAUUAUAAAAUAGUAGAAAAAAAAUCCACAUAUACAAAAACACACAAAGUCUGUAAAUGGUAAACUUUGAGUUUUGUCAUCAUUAGUGGACAUGAGGAGUGACAGUCAUCUCCAGGUUACAGGAGAUUGUAACUCUGAGUGUUGCUAUCAUGUUCUUGGUGUUUUUAAUGAUCAUACUUGUUAUUGCAGGGUAUUUAUACAUUUAGAUGUCAUUGUUUUUAUUUUAAUUUCAUAAUCGUCUUAAUUUCUUUUCUCCUGGUGUUGUAAUCAAAAGUUGUAGAGUCACAUCAAAACCGGUGCAUAAAAAGAGGAAGGUCUACAUAUUCUGCUUUUAUUAAAUAUCUUUAUUGUUGUCUUUGCAUUUGUUUGUGUGAGGAAAGGUAAAUGAGCAUUAAUGCUCCACAUCUCCAAUGUUCUGCUAUGACCUAAUGGGCUCAGACUGGACAGUUAUAAUCUCUGUGGCUGACUGGUUAACAGCUAACCUGGAUCAACUCGGGGUUACCUGCUGUGCUCAAGAGCACAUCUGUAACUUGUUUUAGAAAAGUGUUUACUUAUUUUUUUCUUCAAAACAUCUAUUGUUCUAAUAAAUUCAUGACAAUAAAUGGGCAAAUUUUAGUGCACUUUUUUCAAGACUAUUAUGCUUUUUUUAACACAUAUAUUAUUUUACUGAAAUUAUAACACUUUGUUUUACUUCUAUGCUGUGGGUUUAAGUUUUUUUUUUUAAUUUUAUUGGCUUAUUUUUUGUCAAAUAUUAAGAGUGGUUUUGUCCUCUAUUUAUAAUUUGUCUUCACUUAUUCCUGUUAAAUGUCUAUUUUAUCUUACUUUGGUUCCUAUCUGUUUUCUUUUGUUAUCUUUUCUGUCUUUAUUCCACUUUUUUGUCAUCAUUUCCUUGUAGGAAAUGCAUAGAUGUUUUACUUUUGAAGCAUAACCAACGUAGCCUAAAAUCUGUGUUUUUUAUUGUUCUAACUAGUGUAUACCUGUAGGUGAUAGAGUUUAUAUUAAUAUAUUUAUUUUGCUGGUGGUAUGAAUCAUUAUUCUUAAUGUUAUACUGUUUCAGAGUUCCAGCUCUUUUAUCUUGGGACUAAAAAGGUGACAGUGGUCCCUUAGUGCUGGCAAAGUGAGCUGCCUGUGGUCUGUGUCGGUAAUGCUAAAUGUGUUCACACUGUAAACAUUAAGUACAAAAAGCUACAUCUGUUAUUUCUAAGGCACAAAUGUGUGUAAAUACUGUGAUGUAGGCAUGGGCUGGUAAAUUUAUCACUGUUUCUUGGUACAAUGGCAUUUGCAAACAGAAAAGUUUAAAUAAAUUUGUGUAACAUAAUCCAAUAUCUUCUAUGUAAAGAAGAUAAGCACCAGUUAGCACGGUUCCUGCCACAAUAAUACCAUGUAUGGUGCUCCUAUAGUUUCUUUUUUCUUCUGUUGUCAGAAAGGAAAAAUAUAGAUGUCUUCUUUCAACCAAGAAGACACCCAGGAGCAGUUGAUUGGCAGCAACAGGUAUUGCUUUUUGCUGCACACAAGAGAAAUCGCUUGUCAUCCUGGCACUUUCCCUGGCAGAUUUCAAAUUAUAGACAGUAAUGACAAUUUUUUGAAACUGCAUUUUAAACUGUGGUAUUUCUUGAUACCUUGUACCCACCCCGUGCCUACUGAUAUGUGUCCUAAGCUUACAUAUGUUUUGUGAAGUGUUUCUAAUAACUUUGUCUGCUAUACAUUUUUUUAAAAUUAUUUUAUGGUUAUGUACCAAUGUUAAAGCCAUUCUGAGGCCAAUGUGAAAACCAAGUUCCUUUUCCAGCACUUUGGCUACUGACACAAGCUCAACUUGAAACUCUUCAGAGAGAAAACUGAGACGGAUUCAAGUGUAACUAAUGUCACUAAUGUAAAAGGGAAGCAAUACAAUAUACAGAUUUUCUUUGGAAAAGACAAAAAAGAUACAAGUAUAUACAAAAUAUAAAUAUAUAGAUAUAUUCAAUAAAGUUCUCUAUGUAUAA